GGCCUUUCCCCCCUUGGUACGCCGUGGAGGUUUUUUUUGUGUGUGUUUGUGUGUGUGUUUUUUUUUUCUUGCACGAGUUAUUGCUGGCAAGGGACGAGGAAGUGCUGUCGACAAGGACCUUGAUGACGUUGAUAUAAACGGGAUAGACUCGCGACUGCGGCGCACAGAGCAACAUAGCCGUCCGUAUUUGCGCGCGUCACCGCUGUUUGCUGAACCAUUGGCGAGUACUUGAGGUCCUAGAGCUUUGAUCUGAGCGGACGCGAUCACAUCCGUCUUUCACCAUGAUGUCGAAUCCAGGUACACCGUUUCGAUCUCUGGGCAGGCCGCGCGCAAAAGCUGAAUAUGAGGAUGCCAUCGAACGAACGCCAGAGUAUGAGCAGUUUAUGAAGCAGUUGGAGGAUUUCAAUCGAGCGCAGGGGGUAUCAUUGCAAAGGGAACCCGUACUGGGCGGAAAGAGAUUGGAUCUGUAUCGUAUAUAUAGAUGGGUAGUUGAAGCAGGUGGUUACGAACAGGUCACAGCCGCGCGAGGCUGGAAGAAAGUAACGGACCCAUUCAAUCUCCCUGCAACCUGCACAAAUGCCGCCUACGUUGUCAAGAACCUAUACCAAAAGUACCUGUACAAUUGGGAACAGGUGCACAUGUUUGGGAAGCCGAUCAAUGUUAUAAUGCAGCAGAAGCGGCCAUUUGACCAGAUUUCAAAUGCUGGGGAAGAGUCUGCGCCAGGCUCGCCAGAGGGCCGGAGAAGACGGAUACAGAGUGUUGGCUUGAGUACACCUACCCCUGUUACUCCUCCUGUGGCACGGGUACGAAGUUUUGCACCGGAUGAACCGCUUCAUAAGCGUUUGAGACUAAUGGCAGAGGCCAACCUCAAUGCUGCUGCUGCUGUGGCAUCUCAUCAGCAGCUUCUACAGCCUCUGCAACCACCAACACCUCAGCCGACGAUGAUCUCUAAGCCUGUGCAUGUGCCUGUGCCCGCACCGACACCUGCACCUGUACCACAUCCAGUCUCUGCGUCCUCGUUAGUAUUGGUCAACCCGGAUGAUAAUGGACAGGAUGAAAAAUAUUUAUACGGAGCUUGGAAGAAUCGCCUGACACUUGCGCUUACAUCAACAUUACCAAACGAAGUUGACUGGGCGUUUACCAAGCUGGUAAAGCUCUCAUAUACAAAGAAUUUUUACGUUGGUAUUAUUCCCGGUAUGUUUGAAGCCAUACUGGAUCAUGCCGCGCCCCUUUUCGACGAGCUGGUUAUCAAGAAGAGUGGAGGCGUGAUUGAAACACAUACUGUGGACAAUCCCAAAGCGAUACCCCCCAUCUCAAGCGUUAGCAUGUUUUACGAUGAGGGCAUGUCGACGCUUUUGGAGCGCGUGCUGCAGGUGCUGCAUAUAUUGAGAAAUUUGUCUUUUUGGCCGGAUAAUGCCAUGCAUUUUGGCAAAAACUAUGUGCUGUUGACGUACCUUGCGAAAGGCAUUGCGCUCCCAACGACUUCAUAUUAUGUCCAGAUUAAGCAUCAUAGUCUAGAUUUAUUGGACAAUCUCACACCGUACCUGACGCUGCAAGGCCCGAACGACUUUUAUCUCGCAUGUCUACAUCAAAACCUAUUUGACAAUGAUCGCGCCGUGAUUAUCAGCUGUACUCGAACGUUGACGCGAUUCUGCAGUACAGAAGCGAACGCCAAGAUCUUAAAGCAGGUGGACACGACUGCUGUCGUGCAGAGGUUUCUGCAACUGUUACUGGUCCCGGAUGAAGAAUUAGUGAAUGCUGUGUUGGAUUGGUUUUACGAGUACUCGAGCUUGGGAUCUGAUGCGGCGUUACGGAUUUCGGAAGCGGCACCGUUCAAUGUUCUGAAGCUCUUUAUCAAGUUUUUGUCUUGGCAAGGAUUUUCGCACAAGCGGCCUGUGCCAGGAGUCGGAGCGGGUCCACCGCAGUCGGGCGUGGGCAUGUCGUCUGCACCUGCCUCAUCAGCUGGUCCUGUUGGCUUGUCGAAAGCAGCUGGUUCUGCAAAUGGAUUGACCAAUGGACCAAAUGGGACGACAUCUUAUAAUGCGAAUCAACAGGGGAAUGUAAUUGCUGUUAAUGGAGUGUCCUCGUCGGACGGCGGUAUAUUGUCUUUGGGGGGAGCAAAUGCAAGAUCGGCCGACUGGCCAGCGUCGGUAUCUGCUCAACCAGCUAUCGCGUCUUCAGCACCGGCCCACUCAUUGACGAUGUCGGGGAUAUCCUAUCCUGUGCCAGGCAGCGUGCCAGGAACGUAUACUGCCCAUCCGCAAAUGGCGACAUUGGGUACCUUUGCUCCAACAACUGGCUCGCUCGCCCCUUCCACCCUAGUCACGACCCAGCCAGUCCUUUCACAACCUGCAGUCUCAAACCCGGCGGUACCUGUCCUCCGGUGCUGGUGGGGCGCAUCGCAUUCCUCACCUGGAUGCCACACAACUGUUCAUAAUCUUCAGGACCUCUUUGACCACCUUCAAAAAGAGCACCUGGUCCCUGGCCAAGAGACUUACACCUGCGAAUGGAAAGGCUGCACAUGGCGCGGAGACGGCGACCAAAUUUGCAAAUCCCGCCCAAGAGCUCUCAAGCACAUUGUAACGCACCUCGGCUCGCAUCAAACCACCUCCCAACCGCCCGCUGAAUCCUUCACCGUGGGCCACCAGCCGUCUCUACCAUCUAGCCAACCUUCAUCCUCCGCUGAGGACGAUCUCAACGGCAUCCCACUGACCGCGAUGCUCGUACUACGGAACUUGGCGCGCGUACCAGAGAAUAAAGCACUUUUUGCGCCUUUUGAGGGAGGGCUAGCUCAAAAGAUGGUGAGUGAUCGACGAUUUGCAAAAGGGCUUGCGGGAGUAUUAGGGGAGUUGGCCAAAGGGGCCUAAUGUAAUUGUAAUUGUGUGUGCUUUUUGGGUUUAACUUUAUUAUGGUAGUAAUUGACUUGAUACGCACCCGUGCAA